AUGGCUUACAAGACUUUCCGAUGGUAUCUCCAGGUUGGACUCUUCAUCAUAAUCGCUACCAAUCUCGUCCUUGCCAAUGGAAGCAGCGAUGGCUUGCAGCAUAUCCUUCACCCUCAAGAGGCUUCUCCUGAGAUCAUCACAGGCCAAUACGAUCCUGCUCGAAUCAGCAUCCACAAUACUACUGGUCACGUAACAUGGAACUGGACGAAGGUCGACUUCGUCAACCAAGACAUACCAAAGAAGCUCAAUGAGUGUCUACAAAAUGGAGGCUCCGUGACAGACGUCAAGUGGGCGAACCACGGUAGAAGCGUUGUGGCAGUCUUUGCGAAUGCAGUCGUCAUCAUCAAUCAUUGUCCUGACGAACCAUCUAAAGACAAGGCCAUAACCUUUGGCAUGUGCUUAGAUAAAUUCGGUCUGGGAGGAACUCACGGCAUUGAGCUUCUGCCCGAUGGGAAGCUCGCUAUAGCAACAACUUCCUAUGAAGCAACUGGGAACAUCAAGAUCGUCAACACGUCCUUGGGUGCAUCAAACCCAUAUUCCGGUUUUCUUCAAGAGCUUGAUGGUCUCCCCGCAGUGCAUAGUCUUGUAUGGGACCAAGUAACACAAAGUCUUUGGGCUGUCGGGAAUGAUCUACCUCCCAAAGGGAAAUGUCCUUCUACAGCUCAACUGAAUCGCUAUGAGUAUAGGAAUGGCUCAUUCUCUCAAAAGCCCUCUCAAAUCGAGCCCAUUGGUCCUCCUAGAAUGCUCAGCGAGGAAUGGGAUGAUUCAUGGUGGGAUGGAGGACAUGAUAUUACACCUGUGCCUGACCACCGACACCUCCUUAUCUCUACAGAUCCGGACCUUCACCUCUUCAAUUUGACUUCGGCCUCAUUUCUACAUGGGGAAGAAGUGCUAAAGCAGCCUUUCAUGCAGGGAUUCAAGCCAGUCUACUCUCAUGAGAAGCAUCUGCCUCGGGCUGAUGUCAAGUCAUUGAGCUUGCGCACGGGCUCCGGUACCCUUUAUGUUCAAGCUGAUUGGAAAGGCUACUUUUCAACUCAAGUCAAUUAUCUUACGCCUGGGGCGAAGGCUCCAAGAGCCAUCUCGUUCUUGCAGUCGGUAUAUCGUUCUCGUAGGUUUUCGCCCGUGGCUGGAUGGUCCAUUGAGUAG